AGAAAGUCUUUGUAUAACUAAUUGGUAGGUAGUCUCUUUUUCUCAGCCAAGAACUAACAUGUCCAUCAUACAGAAAAAUAAACUUUUCAGGCAAUAUUUGAAUCCAGUCUUCUGACUCAAAGUCACUCUCAAAAUUGAGAUAGGAAAUGAGAACCAGAGAACACAGGAUGCUUUCGAGUUGCUUGAUAGUGCUUCACUUGGUGACUAACUGAUAUUUGUACACUAGGUCUCAUUAUCUGGACAAGAUUUGUGCAACAUGGCUGAUGGAUGGAUUUUGCCAGUUUUUAGAUGAAGUUAUUGAGGGUUUGUAUUUACUUUAGAGUAAUAAUUGACAUUUGAAUAGCAUUUUGAAGUUUGCAAAGUACGUUUCAGCAUUCUCUCAUUUGGUCUGUACCCUUAUGAAGCGAGGCACUACUGACCUCGUUUUCACAAAUUUGGAAACUGAGGCUGGCCCAGGGUCAAAGCUAGUUAAGUGAGGCAUGAUGUAAACGUUUUUCCCACUUCAGCCCCACACUGUGCCCGUUACACCAGGCUAUCUACAUCUCAAGCAUACCAAUCAGAAGCUGCACAAAGUCAUGGAAUUGGAACGGGUGAGAAGAGAGAGUCCAUUAUUUCAUAAACAACUUUCCUAAACUGCAACAGCAGCAGGUUCACCUCUCGCUUCCCCACGAGGCCCCUCCCAACCUCAACUAGGCUCAUUCAAGCUUGAAGAACUCCACGUGACGCUACCGCGCAGGCGCAAACCCCAGAGGAACAUUGGCUGCGAUGGGCGACACUACAGGCGUUUGGGUCGGCGGGGAGGAGACCUACCGGGUAGAAACUAAGGAAGAAUUUGUUCAAGUGAGAAAGAGAGAUUUGGAGCGAUUGACAACAGAAGUGAUGCAGUUACGAGACUUUUUACCCAAAAUACUGAACGGGGAGAUAUUGGAGAGCUUCCAGAGAUUGGAUGUUGUAGAAACAAGUCUGGAAAAGAAAGAACAGGAAGUAGAGCAGAUGAGAAUGGAUUGUGAACAUUUUAGAGCUCGAUUGGAAAUAGCACAAGCAGAUAGCAUAAAAGAGAAGAAGGAGAAACUGGCUCUUAGACAACAGCUGAAUGAAUUGAAGGAGCAACUAUUGCAGCAGGCAGAAUAUUGUACAGAAAUGGGAGCUGCAACGUGUACCCUUUUGUGGAGUGUCUCUAGCAGUGAGGAAGUAGUUAAAGCAAUCCUGGGAGGAGGCAAAGCAUUGAAGUUUUUCAACCUCACUGGACAAACAAUGGAAAGUUUUGUAAGAUCAUUAGAUGGAAAUUCAAAACAGGAGCUAGAUUCUGAUGAAAAUCAAUUUGUAUUUGCUUUGGCUGGAAUUUUAACAAACGUUGCUGCCAUAGCUUGUGGUCGUGAAUUUCUGGUGAACUCAAGCCGCGUGCUGUUGGACACCAUAAUGCAGCUUCUGGGCGACUUGAAGCCAGGACAGUGCACCAAGCUCAAAGUAUUAAUGCUGAUGACACUGUACAAUGUGAGCAUCAAUUUGAAAGGUCUGAAGUAUAUAAGUGAAAGUCCAAGUUUCGUUCCUCUACUGUCAUGGCUCUUGAAAGAUCCAGAUCCAGAAGUAUGUCUUCAUGUUCUUCGGCUUGUUCAGUCAGUGGUUCUGGAAACAGAAGUCUUCUCCAAAUUAGCAUCACAGUUCCAUGACUCCAUGUUUCUUCAACAUAUCAUAACUAUAUCUAAGAGUCAAAAUUUCAGCCUUCGAACACUAGCUCAAGAACUCUUAGAAGAUUUUAAAGUCCUAGAGUUUAAAGGAUAGAAAUGAUAAAAAAUCAAGGUAUUUUGGCUAAAGAUAUCAUUGAUUCUGUUCCUUUCCUCUUUUACUCCCCUGCUUUGUAUUUGUUGUGCUAUAACCCUAUUUUCCAAAUGGUAAAAUACAAAUGACUACAGAGGGACAUAAAUUUAUUUGUGAGUUUGGAUUAACUUCCUUUUGGCUGAAUGUAAACAUCUAAAAAUAGAGACAUCCUAAGAAGGCCUAACUUGUUUAUUUCUUGAUAUCAGAAUAUCUUAAAAAUGGUAAUUGUUGAAGUGAAUGAUUCAAUAAAUCUCACCAGGCUUUCAUGAAUCCUUUAGUUUUUCCAAAAUGUUAUUACCUAAAAAUGGAAAAUGAAUAAAUAUGUGCUCCAUAGGUCAGCA